AUGGAGAAGGGCUUCUAUCCACGCCAGGAUUUCUUUCACAAGAUCACUACAUAUGUACCGUUCAAACACAUACACCUACUCUCUAGCUCCUAUUCACUAUAUCCCACUUCUUCAGCCGGGACCAAGGCUCCUGCGCCGUUGGCCGUAGCUUUGCGGCGUACUGCUUUGGUAGGUAAAGUUAAGGAGAAGGUCAUGGCAGCCCUUCUGAAGAGCACGCGGGCGUGCAACGUGUUCCCCCAGGUGGUGCAGGUGAUCUUCGAUGCCUUAUUUGGUGCCCAUAGCAACGGCCGGAUCCGGUUGCUAGGGCUGCGGUUGAUGGAGGGC